AUGGCCUCGGAGAAAAUUCCGGCACGUUUCUCGCCAAUCUUCGUGGAGUCCAGCGCUGCUGCAGUUGAGAGCUGGAUUCCUGCCGAGUUUGAGGAGGGCACUGAACUGUCGCCGCGGCUUCUGGAUGUGAACUUGAUCAUCGUCGGAGAUGGCCCGGAGGCGGAGCGGUUGCUGGAGCGGCGCUGGGAAGAGGGAGGGCGGGUCUGCCUCCUCUGGACGAGCCGACUGCCGGAGAGGUCGAAGGGAAACAUCGCUAGCCCGGAGGAGUUCGAGGAUGAGAUCGAGAAUUUGGAGGACGAAUCAGCAGAGUUGGAACACGUUGAGGGGCCGACUUCGAAGAGGGAAGACACCAAGGCGGAGCCGGCGGAUCUUUCAGAGGAGCUGAUAGACGAAGCACAAGACCUGAAGAAGCCACCUCAUCCCGAGAAGGCGUCUGAGCAGUUCGAGGCCCCCUCUCCCAAGAAAGAGCCGAGGAAGGAGCAGAAAUGGCCGAUGUUUCAGCUGAAGAGUUUUACAUGGCAACCUCCAAGUCGAUCUGCCCCGUCUGCAGCAGUAGUGGUCCUUCGCAAGCGCUUUGCCUGCAUGGAGGUGGGAUCGAUACGAAUCGGGCCGGACAUCGUCGACUUGAAGCCCGGACAAUGGUAUGAACUGAUUUUCGACAGGCAUGGGCGGCCCACGGGCGUCUGUGUUCUCCAGCGUGCUUCACUCGAACAUGGCGAGGUGGAAGUAGCCUGGCAGCUCUCGGGUGCGGUGCUCCUGGCGGAUGGAGCUGCCGGCCAGGCUGGCGAGCAAAAGCCGGAAGCUUGGACAGAGACGGCUGAUGUGCAGGUCCACUGCGAGGAUGCCAAGCCCGCCUUUGUCUGCCACCAUGGCCCUGUGCUCUUCGCCACGCUUUGGUUUGUGGCUUGCAUGCUCCUUUGGUCUCCGCUCCACGCGCGCUUCGAGCCAGAGCUUCGACCUGGUCAGUUUGCUUGGUGGCGACUGUCCUCCGGGACGGUGAUGUCGAUCUUACCUCUUGCUUAUCACCCAGUUAUGACCAAAUUCUUCCUCGGCUUCGAGCCGAGACGAGGACGUGUUUCCGUUCGAGCCGCAUCGGUCGUCGUUUACUUCCUGGGCUGGAUCCCACCCAUGUACGUGCUGGGCGGAAAAUACCAUGUUCCGUACUUUGCGAUGGCCAUGGUGCUGAUGGAGACUUGGACGCUGGUGGAGUUCUCGCUGAUGCACCGCUUGCACGGUGAGACACGGACCGUAGAGCCAGAGACGCCCACAAGCCUGAAGACUUCCACAACGAAGCCUAAGGACUUCAAGAAGCAGCUGCUGUACACCUUCGGUUUGGCUUCGUCGCGGACUCUCUACCAAGGGUCUAUGUGGAUCAUUACUCUCGUUUAUGGCAUUCUGGAGCCAGUGGACAGGUAUUUGGCUGGAUUCUGGCUGACCACAGCAACCGCUUUGUCAGAGCUCGCGUACGUCGGUUCCAUGCAGUUCCUGUACAACCGUUUUGUCUGGCGGCCGCGUGUGGAUCCCUUGGCAAAGACGGCAGUUGUAGGAGACCAAAUUGAAGGGCCCUGCGGCCUCCUCUGUUUCGCUCACGGAAUUACUGAGUCUGUGCGCCUUACAAAUCUGCUGGCUGCUGCAGUUUGGAGCACCGGGUGGCAAUGGAGUUGGUUGGGCACCAUCGCGAUGAUUUUUGUGGCGAACGUUGCGCAACGCUACGGCCUCCAUACAUACAUCAUCACGUUGAUUUUGCCCAAGCGGUUUUGGGGAUGGAUACGGCCUGGUUGUACCGCCAUGGUGCACCGGCACGCGAGGUUCUACUGUGGCUAUCAUCGUUUCUUGGGUGUUAUCAGCUUAGUUGCGGUGAAUACAGUGUCGCAGAUGGUAAUUCCAGGCAGGACAUCUGCACUCCUUUACAAUGAGCAGACUCUUAUCUUGGCCUUGGUGCUUCUGGGCUUCGAGAUCUUGGAAGAUGUGGUAGUAUACCUGAAUCUCCUCCCCCUCGACCCAUGGCGAAGCAGGAUGAUGGAAUUCUACGAGAAGCUGCACCCACUGCACAUCAAGCAGCUGAUGUGCAAGGACAACCGAGGAAUUUCGAACGCAGUGCCCCUGCGACUUCAUUGCGCACGCUGGUUGAGCCCCAGAGUAAGUCGGCUGCUCAUAGAUACGAAGGCCUUGAUGUUCAUGGUGUUCUUCUGGGUGCCGAUGGGGAUUGGCUUCACUGUCGGGAUUUGCUCUGAGCCCAUUCCAGGUGAGUUGCGUGCGCUGGAUGCGAUUGUUUGGACCACACCUUGGCGUUGCAGCUGA